AUGUCAGAGGUAGGUCAUCUUCAUUUUUUCUUGUGCUUUUGGAAGAGACCAUAAUUUAUCCAUGGUCUUCAGAUUGAAGGAGAUCAGUUGGCUUACUACCGCGAACAAUGUGAGGGUAAAGUGAGCAAGUUUAAAGAACUUUUGGACGAAUGCAAUCAGCGAGUGUCAUCCAAAUCUCAGACCGACGAGACUUGCCAUCAGGAAAUGGUCGAGUAUAUUCACCAUCUUGACCAUUGUGUAAGUUUUUUUAUAUUUGUACUACUCCGCUAUCAUUAGUAUAAUGGUAAUUGGAAUGGUUUCAGGCGAUGCCUAAGGCCUUUAAGAGCCUCAAGUAA